AUGAUUGCAAUUGCACGCAAGAAUCUCUCCUGUUUGUUUAUAAACCCUAAUUCGUUUCUCUGCAACUCAAAUGUGCUCUCGUUUUCCACUUGGAGGCUGAAAACACUAAUCCCUGUCCCUGAAAUCUGCGAUGUUUUGGUCAAUAAACACCAAUUUCCCCCUGAAUUGGCUUCACUUGCUUCAUCGCGUUUACCUAAAUUUAGAGAUCCCCAAAGAGCUGAUUCAGUGCUAUCAUUCCUCAAAGAGAAUAGCUUUACGACUGCUCAGCUGCAGAAACUUGUCGUAUAUAAUCCUCGGAUUCUAGGGUUUACUAUUGAGGGUUUGAAAUCCAGAUUGAAGGUGUUCCAAGAUUUGGGGCUUUCUUCCGAGGAGAUUGCCAAGAUGAUUUCCAGUAGUAAGGCGAUUUUACAUUCAAGUAUGGCGAACAAGAUCAUUCCCAAUUUAUCGAUGCUCAAGGGCUUAUCGGGAUCCAAUGAUAAUGUGGCCAGACUUGUGAAGAGAUGCCCCUGGGUUUUUUUAACCGAUUUGGAGAAAACCUUGAUGCCAAAUGUAGAAAUCUUGAAGAGGUGUAGCAUACCAAUGGAGCGCAUCCUUCACUUGCUCUACAUUCGCCCGAGAACUUUCUUGGUCAAGUCGGAUAUCAUGAGGAGAUCCGUAGACAAGGCCAUAGAGAUUGGGGUACCUCUGACUUCAAUCGCUUUUAUCCAUGCUGUUGGUAUUUUUAAUCAUACGAGUGAAGGGAUGUGGGAAGUCAAGCUGCAAACUCUCCGUGAUUUGGGAUUUUCUGAUGAUGAUGUAUUGGCAAUGUUUAGGAAGCAACCUCCUAUUUUUAAUAUAUCUAAAAACAAAAUGACGAACAAAGUAGAGCUUCUUCUUGCUACCAGGAAGUAUGGGGUUACCAGUAUAGUUGCUAACCCGGUGGCACUUGGUGGUAGUAUUGAGAAGAGGCUUGAGCCGCGGGUGCAAAUUCUGAGACUUUUGGAGAGUAGGAAUCUGAUUGAGAAGUGGCCAUCCCUAUCAUUCCUUGCUACUUCUACUGAUGGUAGAUUUAUUGACAGAUUUAUUAGGCCUUAUUAUGAUGUGAUUGGCAAAGAACACAUCGCAAAGGUGUUCAUCGAGGGCAGAAAGAGAUGA